AUGGAUACUGAGGAAGAACCAAAGUCAAGUGAAACUCUUGAUGAGUCGAUUGUGGAUGAUACUGAAGAAGACGAGCAAAUAAGAAAAUCUGCCGAACCAAAGUUGGCAAAAGUUGAAUAUGAUUAUCAAGCCAAAGAAGGUGAUGAAUUAUCUCUUGAUAAAGGUGAUGUGGUAACCGUGUUAGAACAAGUUGAUCAAGGAUGGUGGAAAGGUCAUUUACCAAGAAAAUUAAAGACUUACGGUGUCAGGCCCGGAGGAAUUGGCAGUCUAUUUUCUGGUGGUAUACCCUUAAAAAGUAAACGAAGUCAAUCUUCUAAAACUGAUGAUGCUUCUGCAUUAAAAAAGACCAGUAGUCGCAGUGCAUCAGAUGAUUCUGAAUCCACAAAAGAUGAUAAAUUAGCUUCCCCGCCUAUGGUUGCAAAGGCUCCGUUGCUGCCGCCAAAAAAACGACGUACCAAGCAAAAUAUUGCCACUGUUAUGUAUGAUUAUGAUGCUGAAGAAGAAGGUGAAAUUUCAUUAAAGGAAGGGGCAACAAUUACAAUUUUGGAAAAAACAGAUGAUGGUUGGUGGAGAGGAAAAAAUGAACAAGGAGAAAGUGGAAUAUUCCCUUCUACAUACGUGACGGAGGUUAAGGCAACAGAUGUUAGUCAAGCGGUGGAAGAAGCUGACAGUGAAAAACCUGCUAAAGCUGAGGAACAAAAACUGCCGCCCAUUUCCACAAGUCCAAAACGUACAAAGUCAUCAGAUGUUGCGGUACCUGAACAACCUACUUCCCCACGAACCACGCGCCCACUGUCGUCACAUUCACAAACUGAUAUUAAUGUAAGAGAAAUCACCGAAGAUCCUAAAUCACCUGCAGUACCCCCAAGACGACCCACAAAUCCCUUAAGCAAUCGGACAUCCACACACGAAGACUCGUCAAAUCGACAGUCUUUUCAUGAAUCCACUGAUGAAUCACCCCCAAUUCCUCGACGAAGUACUAGUGAAAGUAGUGAAUCCAAGGCAACUCGUCGACCUCCCUCACUUGUUUCCCCAGACCUUCCUCCAAUUCAAUAUCAAUCACCUCGCCAUCCAUCGAAAUCCACACUUCCCGGUGUUCCAAUAGAUACUGAUAAGUCGUCAGACUCUUAUUCUGAACUUACAGCCUCACCGAUCUCUCCUGUUGAACGUCCCAUCCCUCCUAGACCCAGACCCACAUCACAGCACGAAGCCAAGUCCGACUCUCCUAAAUCACCACCUUUAGCAAAACCACCUACAAUUCCAAAGACACCAUUUUCUCCAGCAAAACCACCUACCGUUCAAAGAAGAUCAACACGUAAAGAUUCCAAGAAUAUGCCGGGAGAAACAAAUUCGGAGACAUCCGAAGAGCAAGCCGAAAAAAUAGAGUCAUUAUCAGAACAUCAAGAAACUUAUGAUGACGAAGAUUCAAAAUCGCGUGAAUAUAGCGAAACAAUUGAAGACGGCGAUAAUGAUGACGACGAAUCUUAUGCUGACGAAAAAGGAACUAACGAACAAAAAGAUAUUGAUGUAGAUUCUAAAAAAGAAACUGAUAUUCAGCAAGCUGAUACAGAACAUGACGAUACAGAUGAUCAGAAUGAUCAAGGAGAUACAGUUAAUCAAGAUAAUGAAAUUAAAGAAAAACAACCAGAAUCCCCCGUAGUCACACCUACUCCAAGAUUACCUAGCUUGGGUGUUAAGGAAAGGCCAUCUAGAAGCAGGCCUCCGACAAAGAAUAUAAAAAAUCCUAGUCAGUCUGAAUUAUUAGAGCAGGAAGUCGCAAUGACUAAAGAUGAAGAACCACAAAAAUCCCAAGUUACACCACCCAAACCAGAAAAGCCCGUUAAGCCAAACAUGUUCAAGCUGCCGAUUGUUGGUGCUGGAGUUCCACCAGUUACGUUGCGGCCUACUGUAAAAAGGGUAGUUGAACCUCCAGCUUCAAGUUCCGAUCCUUCUGAGCCUUCAACAGUAACACCUUCAUCCAAUACUGAUUCCAAACCUAUCGGUAGUGUGAAAUCGAUAUCAAACAGGUUCAAUAUGCCUAAUGUUUCUAGCAAUUCCGAAAUAGAAUUUCGAUUAAAAAGAUGGUUUAAUGAAGAAAUUAAUAAAGUUAAAGCGAACUUUGAAGCUCGGCUAGCCGAAGAGAGAAGUAAGAGGGAGGCACUCGAAGAAAUAGUUAGAGAAUUGCAAGAAAGGUUGGAAGAGUAA